UUAUUUCAUUCAUUUUAAGUUGUUUAAACGAAGAACACGUAUAAAAAACUUAAACAUAGCGUUUUCCUAAGUUGUUUAUGUCAAAAAGUUUAGUUUGCUGAAAUUUAAUUGACAUAAUUUAAAACCAUAGCUUCGUUAGUUCAUUUGUACAUUAAUUUGUUUUUCAUGACUGGGUUUAAUUAGAAAAGAAAUAGCAGACAUUCUGUUUAUUUUUGUUUUGAGUGUGUUUUAACUGACCAUGGCUAAUAAAAUCUACUUCGUUUUUGCGGUCAUAUGUAUUGUGCCAAUUAUUUACGCUUGUAAUGAAGCGAUAUGUGCGAGUGUCGUGUCCAAAUGCAUGCUGACACAAUCCUGCAAGUGUGAUCUGAAGGACUGCUCGUGUUGCAAGGAUUGUUUUAACUGUCUUAGCUACUUGUACAGUGAAUGUUGCAGUUGCGUUGAUAUGUGUCCGAAGCCUAAUGACACCCAAACCGAGCUUUCAAAGUCGUCCCAUGUGGAAGAGCUGACUGAUGGAGUGCCAGGACUGUUUGCUGCAUUAACCAGUGAGCCUGAUCCUCAGCAGAGGUGGCUGUCUAUUACAUACCCAGUGGAUAUUGAUCUCUCUGCUUAUAGACCUGGAAACCCUGAAAAACAAGUGGUGUAUCAUUUACAGAGUGUGGAGCAAGAGCCGGAGCCGGUGAGCCGUGAUGUGGUGACAUUCAACUGCACUGUGGCGUACAUGUCGCAGUGCAUGUCGUGUGACAAAUGCCGCGCUUCCUGCCGCUCUAUGGGCUCCAACAGCUUCAGAUGGUUCCACGACGGCUGCUGUGAGUGUAUCGGUGAGAAGUGCCUGUACUACGGAAUCAAUGAGAGCAGAUGUCUGUCAUGUCCUGGCGGCAAGGAGCGGCAAGGCGGCAAGGACACAGCUGUCAACACAUUAGACGAAGACCUCAGUUAUGAUGACCUGGAUUAUGGUGAAGAUGUAGACGCACAAUCGGUUUGAUUAUUAUAUUAUUAAUAAUAAGAUACAUUUUUUAUAUUUUUUUAAAAUAAUUUCUUAGCCAUGAUUUUUAACUUUACUUAGGUUUAAAUAAUUUUAGAAUUAUUUGUACACUUGCUUUUAAAAGCAUACGACAUACUCAUGUUUAUCUGUUUAGUUGUAUUUGUGUAUUUCUUUUUAGUUAAUUACUUUAAUGACAAUGUACUCGAGUAUAAGCAAGAUUUAAAAAAACAACGUUCUUACAAUUACAGUUAUAAAUUCGCUAUUUUAGCAUAUCUGUUCUGACUGCUUACAUACUAUGUUUUUAUUACAUUUUAAUAUUGCAUUUGCUAACAUCGUGAUGAAACCAACCCGCAGUGGGCCAGCGUGGUU